AUGUUGCGGGCAGGGUUUUCCGAGGCUGGCAAGACUUGGGGGAAAGGCGCUGAGAAUACCAAGAAAAGAUAUCUGCAGCCUACCACUGCUUGCUUAGCAGUUAGGCUCCACGCAACUGUCCUCGGGUGCUGCUGCGAGAGCUGUUGGGGCAGUAGCAUUCUUCCCCUGGGGACAGUCGAUGCUGUUGUGCUGGAGCACCCAGCAGAAAGCUUCCAUUUGCAGGCACCCCGUCCGUCAACAGGCCCUCACAAGCUGAGGGAGUGCCUUCCGCUCAUCAUCUUCCUGCGGAACAGGCUGAAGUAUGCCCUGACAGGAGACGAGGUCAAGAAGAUCUGCAUGCAGAGAUUCAUCAAGAUAGAUGGCAAAGUCCGCACAGACAUCACCUACCCUGCGGGCUUUAUGGAUGUCAUCAGCAUUGAGAAGACAGGCGAACAUUUCCGCUUGGUGUACGAUACCAAGGGCCGGUUUGCUGUUCACCGCAUCACAGUUGAAGAGGCCAAGUACAAGCUGUGCAAGGUGAGGAAGAUCUUCGUGGGCACCAAAGGAAUCCCUCAUCUGGUCACCCACGAUGCCCGCACCAUCCGCUAUCCGGACCCCCUCAUCAAGGUGAAUGACACUGUCCAGAUUGACCUGGAGACAGGCAAGAUCACAGAUUUCAUCAAGUUUGACACAGGUAACCUGUGCAUGGUGACCGGCGGUGCCAACUUGGGCCGUAUUGGGGUGAUCACCAACCGAGAGAGACACCCUGGGUCAUUUGACGUGGUUCACGUGAAGGCCACCAAUGGACAGUUGGAAAGGGGUGGUGGUUCGGUUUUGGCUGAAGGCAACAAGCCGUGGAUCUCCCUGCCCCGUGGAAAGGGCAUCCGCCUGACCAUUGCUGAAGAGAGAGACAAGAGACUGGCAGCCAAGCAGAGCAGCGGGUGAACUCCAGACGGGCCAGCAGUGGUCCUUUCUCUGUAUUAAUUAAACUGUUUACCAAA